UAUAUAAUUUACUGUAAAACAAAACUAACCACAGGUGUCUUGCACAAAGAGGGGAGUAUCCUGUUCUUUGAGAAGACAUUCUUGUUGAUUGGAAACCAUUUGGUCAAAAGGCAAACAAAUUUACAACCUACCAUUUGCAGUAUAUUUACAACUUGCAAUUAAAGAUGCCUAUCAAAUAUUUUGUACAAAGAAUGAAUCACAAUAACUAACAAUUAUACACAACUUCCAUAACAUAGCAUAAAAGAAAAUAAUACAGAAUGUUAAAGCAAAAUAGGUAUUAUAAAGCUGCAUCCUAGAAUCAGUGUAAACACACUUGGAGGUAAUAAAUAUGGUUUUACAGCUAAGGUGGUGUAAUCUUCUCCGAUACUUUGGGUACCUGUUAUUGGUUGACAGAAAGCAAGAAUUUCCUAGGAAUUUCCUUAAUUAGAAUGAACAUUUAUUUUCAUAUUACAAAAACAGACAAAAACAAAUACCCUUUAAACACACGAGUUAUCAUAUUCUCCAAGCAUCAUGUGUAUGGAAAUAAUUGUAUCUCCUAAAAUUCAGUAAAGGUGCAGGCAAUUUUGUAAUAACUUAAAAUUAGAAUAAAUUCUUUGAACAAAAAUGCUUGCAUCAAUAUUGAGGUCUAUCCCCUGCAAAACAAAAACAACACACCCCUGGAAUCAACAAAAUGCAUCCACAGAUCCUGAUUGUAACUCUUGCUUUCCCUAUCCCAGUCACUCCCUAUGUCUGAUAACUGGUAGGUCAGGUCUAACACAGGCUCAUUAGGUUUUCACACGAGCAUAGCUAUUCGUGUGCAUAAGCAUUUGCAGAAUCUAGGUCUUAGAUUGCAAGUUCUUUGGGACAAUGAUACCUCUCUCAGUUACACUGCUGUAUAUUCAAUGGAUCAACAAAUCCACUGAAGACAAUGGAGUUACUCUGGAUUUACUCCUGUGACACAGAGUAGAAUUUGACCUAAAACCUUUUCAGUGUUUUGUAGACUGCCUAGCACAGUGGUUCUCAAACUGUGGGUCAGGACUCCAUUUUAAUGGGGUUGCUAGGUCCGGCGGUAGACUUGCUGGGGCCCGGGGCCAGAGCUGAAGCUGAAGCCUAAGCCCCACCACCUGGGUCUGAAGCCUGGUGCUUGGGCUUUGGCCCCCCAUAUCUUGGGUGGUAGGGCUUGGGCUUCCCCCGACCCCACAGUCCGGGCAGUGGGGCUCGGGCAGGCUCAGGCUUCAGUCCCCCCUUCUGGGGUCAUGUAGUAAUUUUUGUUGUCAGAAGGGAGUUGUGGUGCAACGAAGUUUGAGAAUGCCUGAGUCUUAGCACUGUCUUGUGGACUAUGGAACAAUGCAUAACAGUAAAAACAAUAAACCAUGUACGCAUUUCAAAAGUGUGAUGUAUCCAGGAAUAAUUGGAGAGAAACUCUUACUGUGUAUUCCUUACAUGGCUGCUGUGCUCCCUCUCAUGCAACUCCAAAACCUACAGAACAUGCAGGUGAGAGAGGAGUACUCCCAAGCUACUACUCUCAGUUCUCUGAGGUUUGUGCAGGUUACCCAGUAGAACCAAUCAAUAUAGCACUUGCAUUUGGUUGGCUGUCAAUCAUGUGCUUGGAGAGUGGCCUCUUACUCUAGCACAGCGUUUCUCAAACUGGGGUCCGCAAGGGUACUCCAGGGGGUCCGUGGGCCGCACUGAUCAACUCCUUCCUCUCCCUCCCAGUGCUCCUGCAUGCCAGGGAACAGCUGUUCAGCAGUGUGCAGGGCUUGGGAGUUCACAGCAAAAAUUUUAAAUCAAAAGCUGGGGGUCCUCAGGUUACUAAAGUUUGAGCACUGCUGCUCUAGCAGAAAGACUCUCCCGUAGACAUUCUCAUACUAGUUAAACAACAGUAUGCUGCUUAUCACAUAUGCAUGGAAUACGCAAACCCCAUUUUUCUCUUCAAUAUGUAUCUAUAAGCGUGCACAGGGGGUUAACUCCCCUCUUUACACAACCAAAGUGAAUUGGGUGUUUUGCCACUAAGUAGCAGCCUAUUCUAUUCAGGUUCUUGUACUGCACCAUGAUAUCUGAAUGACAGUGCUUCAACGCUAUACCUCCAACCUCAGCCUGGAUUUUUUACUCUUUGUUGAAACUUACCAUAUAAUAUCUUCAGACCCAAUUCAAUAAAUGCGUCCCUACAAAAGAGGUUGUGGGAGCUACAUAAAACAAAACAUUGAUUUUCUGAGGUAUACAAAGGUUUAAAUUAAGACCUUAGUUUAAUCACAAAAUUUGAAGAAAAAUCAGUGUCUCUGUCUUUGCCUUAAUAGGGUGGAAAAAAUCAGUAGUGACUAAUAUAAGAUAUUCUACCUCUGUGCUUUCAUAAAUAACUGUACAUUGGUAACAAACUUGUUAAUAACGUAGUCCAAUUCCCUUUCAUAUUUGUUGUAAUGCUUAUGUAUGAACUUUAAAAUAAUGAAAUAGUUCCAUAUCUGCGAAUAAUGAAGUUGGUCCUGGCACAACUGAUAAUACUAGAGCAGGAUCAAGACCUUCAUCCUAUAGUCUUAUUCAAGAAAUAAUCUCAUUGAAAUCACUAGUAUUUUGGGUGCAUAAGAAAUGCAUGAUCGGGUCCAGAGAGAGCUUUGUGUGAGUAAGAAGUGUAAAAAGAUUCAGUCCUCCUCCCACUGAAAUCAAAGGCAAAACUUACACUGAUGUUAAUAAUGUGGGCUCUGUCCUAAACAAAGUAAAUGAGAAUCUACAUCUAAAAUACACUAUGGCAUGGGAGACAUUCAUUAUGCACCUGAUCCUGUACUUCUGACCCGUCAAGCAAAACUCUCAUGGAUGUCAGUAGAUGAUGGAUCUGUAUAAGUAGAAAGAAUUAGACUCUGCAGUCCCAAUCCAGCAUGAGUAGUCCCACUGACUUCAGUGGAGCUACUCACAUGCUUAAAAUUAAACGUGUGUUUAAAAGCUGUGUUGGAUCAGGGCUCAGAUGAACAUUACUCAUCUAAAUGCAGGACAGAACAAAUGGAUAUGAUUGUUCUGAGAGUUAUCUGAGUUCAGAACAUGCACAUCAAAUCACAAGUAUAGGGUAAAGAAAGAAAGAAGGAAAUAGACAGAGGAAAUCUGAAUGUUUCUACAGGUCCAGAAAAUAUUAAUUUUUGUUUUCAGUCAUCUAACAAUAUCUUUAUAUUCUGAAAAUCAACAACGAUGAAGUUUAAACUUGUGUACCAUGCAUGCCGAGUACAAUUUCUCCAUAAUAUUGUGAACAAAUUUUUGCUAUGCAGAGUGCAACCUAAAUGUACAGUUAAACAAGAGACUAGAAAACCACUGUGAAUUAAUUAGCAAUGCAAAUUAAGAACACCAAAUGCAGCAUUUAAAAAUUGUAUCUACAUAGUUUACUGGGGGAAUUGUUGCAAUGUGAGCCCUACAUUAAGUAUUUAAAUUGCUUGAAAUACACAAUUAUCUGAUAGUAAUGUAGCACUAAAAUUAUCCUGUUAAUCAGUGAUUAAACAUUGUUCUUCCUAUUAGAGGACUUUUUGCUGCAUUUCUGAGCAGACUGUAGCAUCUAACUGUAAAGUGGCAUGAUGCUAUGUUGUAGGGAAGAAAAGUCCAUAUUGAUCUUGUGUGUAUUUUUACAGCACACCAUAAAAAGAGAGUGGAAUCAUUGAUAGGUGUGAAAGCCAGGUAAGCAAAUGACCCAAUGACUUUCUUCCACCAGUUAUUACUGGUUAGUCUGAAGGAGGGGGCUGCUCAUGUUUGUAUUAGCAUUACUUGUUUUUCCAUGUUAACACAUGGAGAAAAAUGUUGCUCCUUAGCUGUUAUUCGCACCCCCUAUGGAACUCCUGACUAGUAAGACAGCUGUAUCGAUCACAAUCGAUAAUUCAUUCAAAGCAAGUCAGAUCCAUGUUUUACCAUUCAAAUCGCGACGGGGGGGGAAGGGGGGAAUAUGCUCAGCUCCCAUUACAUUCUCCCUACAUCGAAGCCACCCACAAGCAUCUCGAUGAGCUCAAAAGGUUAAAGGUAAUUCCUCGUUCGCACCGCUCGGGCGCCACCUAGCCGUAAUUAGGGCCCUGCACGUUCACACAGGGCAGCGGCCCCGCACGCUUCGGCUGCCCACGGGCAGGGGCUGUGUUGCCCUUGCUGAGCGGUAGGAGGAGAGGGAUUCGCUUGGCUCUGUUGCCGCUGUUCGCAUCCCCUGGCUCCAACGGGCUCCUCCGGCUGCAGCGGGGGAGCAGAGGCAGCAGUUCCCCGCGGCGCCGGGUCGUGUGGUGGAGCCAGCGGCAGGUUCGGCGGCCGGGGCCAGGCGUGCCGGACAGACAAAAGCCUGGGGGAGCGAGGCGUGAGGAAAGGCGCCCAGAGGCGGAGAGGGAGGCGCGUACGCACAGAUCCAUCUUGAAGGGGUUUUGCCUGCUGCCGCCGCGCCAGGCUCGCCGAGAUCACCGGGCGCUAGGGGAUGCCAGCUCGCCUCCUCUUCCAAUGUUUCACUGGGGCAAGUGGAAGAAAAGGAUGGGAGCGACCACGUCUGCCUCCAAGAGACCCGUGUUCGAUGAGAAGGAGGAUGUGAAUUUUGACCACUUCCAGAUACUCCGAGCAAUCGGCAAGGGAAGCUUUGGCAAGGUGUGUAUUGUACAAAAGAGAGAUACGGAGAAGAUGUAUGCCAUGAAGUACAUGAACAAACAACAAUGCAUCGAAAGAGAUGAGGUUCGAAACGUGUUUAGAGAAUUAGAGAUCCUGCAGGAAAUAGAGCAUGUAUUCUUGGUGAAUCUCUGGUACUCUUUUCAGGACGAAGAAGACAUGUUUAUGGUAGUGGAUUUACUCCUAGGUGGUGAUCUACGGUAUCAUCUACAGCAAAAUGUUCAAUUCACGGAGGAAACAGUGAAGCUUUAUAUUUGUGAGAUGGCACUAGCUCUAGACUAUUUACGAAGUCAGCAUAUUAUUCACAGAGAUGUAAAACCAGACAACAUUCUUCUAGAUGAGCAAGGUCAUGCACACUUAACAGAUUUUAAUAUUGCAACAAUAAUCAGAGAUGGUGAAAGAGCAACUGCGCUAGCUGGAACCAAACCAUAUAUGGCUCCAGAGAUUUUUCACUCUUUUCUGAAUGGUGGAACAGGCUACUCCUUUGAAGUUGAUUGGUGGUCUUUAGGAGUGAUGGCUUACGAACUUCUUCGUGGAUGGAGACCCUACGACAUCCACUCCAGUAACCCGGUAGAGUCUUUAAUUCAGCUGUUUAGUACUGUAAGUGUGCAGUAUUCAUCAGUAUGGUCAAAAGAAAUUGUUGCUUUAUUGAGAAAGCUAUUGACAGUGAACCCUGAGCAUCGAUUUUCCAGCCUCACUGACAUUCAAACUUCAGCUUACUUAUCAAAUGUCAUCUGGGAUGAUGUCUGUGAGAAGAAGGUGGAGCCAGGCUUUGUUCCUAAUAAAGGCCGUCUGCACUGCGAUCCCACCUUUGAGCUAGAAGAAAUGAUCCUGGAGUCAAGACCCUUGCAUAAAAAGAAGAAAAGACUUGCAAAAAACAAGUCCAGGGACAACAGCAAGGACAGCUCACAGUCAGAAAAUGACUAUCUCCAGGAAUGCCUCGAAGCAAUCCAGCAAGACUUUGUCAUUUUUAACAGAGAGAAGUUGAAGAGGAGUCAAAAUCAAAUGAAUGAAUCUGUUUCUCCUCCUGAAACUACAGAUGAAGCCGAGACAGAAGCUGAAUCUGAGAAUUCCAAUUUAAAUAUGUGUAGCUCAGUAUGUUCUUCUACAGGCAGCAGCUAGGACUACAGUUUCAAGGCAAGGGGCCGAAAAACCUACACGCUUCUUGAAUAAAUCAAUCAUUCUCAGGUUGCACUGAUGAAUAUAUACUGUACACUGCGUACUGUAAUUAAAAAAAGUCACAAAAUCAAUAUUGUAAAACUGUAGCAGAGGUAGAUAGUUCUUAAAGAACUGAAUUCAUGGAUUUAAAUGAUGGCCAGUUCUGAACACUGGAUUACCUACUAUGAGGAAAAAUACUUGCUAUGCAACACUUUGGAGAAAAUAGUUCAGUUUCUUUCUUUGCUCUUUUUUAAUGGCAGAUUGCUGACUCAAGCACGUUUGAACAUGGUAAGUGAACAGGUCAGAUCCUUGCAUAUGAGCAAGGCGCACGUAGCACAAGUGUGUGUUUGGGAAAGAUUGAGAAGAUGAUGUAAAGCUCACCUUUGCACUCCCCCAGAACUAAGAUUGCUGUUUACAGGAUUGGCCCCUUGUGUAAAUUGGAGAAGCCCUCAGGCUGCUCUAAUUAAUGACAGGUGCUAACAGCCUCAAGGGACUAAAUAGCUGAGGAGCAUGCAGUUUAAGAGCACCUAAGUCACACCCUCUUUCCUCUGGCUGCAAUCUACAUGUAAGAGCCUCUCUGUCAACUUAAUGCAACUGGAUGCUUCUCCUUGCACUGGGCCAAUCCCAGAGGGGCUGGAUAUACUGGCUUUACAAAAAGAAUCUGUUAGUGGAGUGGCACAAAGUGGUUGCACUGCACCAAAGGAUCUAGUCUAAAAUAUUUAAUCUCCUUGAAUGGCUGUCCUUAGCUACAAGGAGCUGUGCACAUUACAAGCCAAUGAAUCAGAAAUUAUUCUAUUUUUUCAUCACAUUGAAUUAAUAGGGCAUAAAUUCUAUUGGAUUUAGGUUUUACUGGAAACGUAUCCAGUGAGUAGCCAUAAAAUGCUGCUCAAUAAUAGAAGACAGGUGGUGUCAGUUUUAUCCAUCUGUUUACUUUAUUAUAAGUGUAAAUUAAAAUACUGUACAUAAUCUGCUGGUACCUGUCUUAACUUUUCAUUAGGAGUGGAGAUCUCUUGACUUUGCUCCAGCUGUGAAUAUUGCCUGUUUGUUUCAGAAGCCUUUUCUAUGUUAGGCUUAGUGGCUUAUUCUACUGUAUAGUGUCUUUAAGUUACUAUUACUGAAAUCAAGCCAUCAGUUCUACUACACCAUUCAAUUACUGUGCUGUGCAUAUAUCUCAUUAUAAUUAUAUCCACACAAAAGCUAGAAAAAUCUGUUAUCAGACCUUAAGAAAUUUGCCAUGUUUGCAUCCUUACUGUAUGUUCCUGAAGCAUAAUGGAUAGAGAAUGUUUUUAACAAAUGCAAACGCUUUCAAGGCAAUUUCUGCUGUGUUGAUGUAUAGUUUUGAGUAUCCAUGAAUGAAACAAAAGGAAUAACCAGUGUAAAACAAUUUUUAUGUAAAACAAGACAUGCUUACCUUUCCACAGUUUUAUGUGGAAACUAGUAAGUGGUGAAAAUUGUGCAGAACCAAAUUUUAAUAAAAAUAGUCAAGUGUGCAGGCACAACUUGUGGGGGGGGGGAAGACACCAAAGCUUUUAUACCAGUUGCACAGUUAGUUUUAGGACACAGCCAGGUAAAUGGUAUGUCCUGUUAGUAAUUAAACUGUAGAAGACCAUGGUUCUUGCUAGACCAUGGCCAUCCACAUCCUAUCAUUCAUGUAUAAUCAGAGCUGUGAGAGCUUGAAUAGGUCGUAACAUGGGGAGCCACUCUUUUCAGAGAAUAAAUACCAUCCAGCUAUGUUAAUGUUCCUAGAUAUUACUAUAAACUAUCCCUGCUCUAAUGAUAGGUUGAAGUAAGGGUUGGCUUAUUUGAGUAAAACAGAUCUAAAAUAAAUACUCCCCUCCCUUUUGCCCCUUCCUUACCAGCUACAGGAGAAUAUUUACCUCCCCAGCUCUGAGUCACAAACAAACUUUAAAAGGAAGAUUUUUUUCCUUUUCCUUCUGCCCUGCAGUAACAUUCCAGCUGAUUACCAAAUCAGCAAAAGAAUUCACACAGCCAUUCUCCUUUGCUGUUCCCUCCAAAGGCAUAUUAAAGCAUGUUUGAAUAGAAUGUAUAAUCUGGGCCCUAUACUUUGAAAGAUUUCAGUGAACAUUUUUCUAGCAACAUGUUGCCCUCCUACUCAUGCAUUUUGUUAUCAUGUUCCACCUUCCUCCUUUUAUUUCUGUAAAGGUAAUGGAUCUAAAGCCUCACAUUUUUGUCUUGAUCCAAGACAUAUCUUGCUUUGCUCUCUCUCUCUUCCCCUUUCUGUUGCAGAUUCCCAACCAGCCCAUUGCCCCAUGGCAGGGAAAUUACCUUUUUAAAAGAAUCACAAUUAAUAAUAAGUGCCAUAGGCACCUUCCAAAAUAACAGCUAUUUACUCUUAUUCCACAGUCCAAUGUCAGAGCACUGAAUAUCAUGUCUCUUUCUUGUGUUUGAUAAAAAGAAUCUAAUAAAAAAAGCUCUAAGAAGUAGGUGCAAACAUACCUCAAUAUGCCAAGCCUCAAAUAUAGCUUGCAAUGUGCGGCAAAGAUGCAAAGUGAAGGGGGCAAAAAAUUAUUAAUGCAGAAAACUUAAAUGUUGUGAGCCUCAGUCUGUCGUAUAGAUGGAUCUAUCAUGUCAGUUUCAUUAUUCUUUAUUUCUCAUGUAAAUAAUUUUCACCAAUAAAAUGAUGGCACACCAAAAUAGUGAGGAACAUAGGUAGCGAUGGGAAUGAAAUGAGCAAUGUUUGACAGGCAUGGAUGCACUCCUAACAAGUUAAUAUCAGAAACUCCCUCUGUUCAAAGGAGCUCUCUGCAGCUCGAUUAAAAUAUACUGUAAUAGCAAAAUAAUAGAACCCAUUCACUGCUGUAUUUAGCACAUGGAGUAAGUGGUUUCUGAAGCUGAAGUAACAAUGUAUAGGAAUGAACUGACUUUUUCAGUUCAGGCUUUGUUUAUUUCUCAUUACUUCCACUUUUUGUCACUUAUCUUUCCCGUAUAAACCAAGCAGAAAUGUCUUUAGUAGUACCAAGCACUAAACAACAAAGCUCCAAUGAGGACACUGCUUCUAGGUCAUUAGGGGCCAAAUUCUGGUCGCCCAGAAGGCCCUGUUAAAGUGCAACAUAUUGUUUCCUAAGGAAACAAGAUCUGGAAAACGCUUGUGCACACACUAUUUCUGCCUUGAUUAAAUGCAUUUCUAAAUCUUGAUCUCCGAGAAGCAAAUGACAUGACAAAGAGGGACUUUUAGAAUUAUUGUCCUAAGUAUUUGAGUCAUCCUGAGUACAAUAUAAUUUUAGUACUCAUUUUCUGUCUUAAAUAACGCAUGCAAAUGUACCUCACUAAUACCCAUCUGGGAAAUACUUUUACUGAUGCCUAGUUACACAUAGUCCCUAGAGAAGAGAUUACAUGCAUAUAGUAACUGUAAAAAGAAGACAAAUUGUAAGACAUGGAUACAUAUUUGUUUUAUUGUUAAACAAAAAAAUGAGGUGUAAUAUGAUGGGCCAAAUUCAUCCCUGGUGUAACACCACUGAAUAUUUUAUACCAUUUAUGUUUGUAUGUUCUCAACAUAAAAUGUAUAUUUUGCUUUAGAAAAAAAUAUGUGAAAGGAUUCUGGACUAUGCACUCCAGCAUAUUUUACCAGUUCUCCUUCUCUUUGCUGUCUAUAGGGUUUGUGUUGUUUGGGGGUGUGGUAGAAUCUAAAAUAAUGAUAUUGUGAUCAUUUUAAUGCUGUCUGUUUACUUGACUGGGUGGCAUUGUCCUGAUUUCUAUGUUCCUUUUAGGAUUCUUUGAUUAAAACUGUAUAAUCUUUUGGACAAAUUGGGCCUGAUCCAAUGCCCUUUAAAGUCCUUGGUCAUCCUCCUAUUGACUUCAGUGGACAUCUGAUUGGGCCCUUUUUGACUAUUUCAAAUAAUGCCCUGUGUAAAACUUCAUUUGAUAUGUAUAAAACUUUUGAGGGCAAUAGGAUUUUUUUCUUUGUUCACCUAUUUCAUCAAUACCAUGUUCCUGGUACACAGUCUUUUACACAGACACAUACAGUUAGACCUCUUUAGGAAUCAAGAGUUUAAUGCAUAGUCUUUCUGCUAUACAUGAAUUAAUGUAUUUUGUAGUCUGUACUUAGAUCCCUUAUUUAUGACUAAGGUCCUCGGUGAGCAGGACUAAGUGGGGUAAGAUCAGAGUCCCUAGCUUUCUAGUUCUUCUAUCCUUGCAGCCAAGAACAUUAAACAAAUAUUUACCUUGAGUGCCGAGUUCAUCAACACUAAUAUUUGACUGAGGAAAGGAAUCAUUCUUUUCUGAUGUUGUUUAUAUUAUUUAUAUUCCUAGCUAAACAAAUCAAUUUUCUAAUGUAAUUCAAGAAGUGCUUUUCACAUUCCAUAGGGCUUGCCCUAGGUAAAGAUUUUAGUAUUUGAUCAUUUAAACAAUUCUAAUCGUUAGUAGAAGCAAUUCUUAGACCCCCCUGGAGUUCUGGAAAAUGGAGAUCACAUGUUUUAGCCUGGCUUUUAUGUUUACAUGCAAGGCCCUUUAGCGUAAGGUAAUCAAGAACACUUGUGACUGUGUAAGGUUGCAGCCCAAUUCCAAUUUCUUACAUCCCUCAAAAACACAGUGGGAAUUUUGGGAGUAAAUAAUGGUAUGAUGGGCAGUAGGUGAAUAGUAAAUCCUCCUGCCAGAAAUGCUCUUGACAGUAGUGGCAUGGGAACUUUAUUUGAAAAAAAAUAUGAAUCAUGUGCCACUUAUGUCUGAUUGUACCAGUGGCAAAAACAAGACUAAACAUGUGCAAUGCUCAUUGCAUUUUAUGUAGCGAAUUACAUUAAGUUAUUGUAGGACUAUUUUAUUUGUGAAUGGGCUGGUUCCAAUUAAUAAUAUAUUUUUGGUGUGAAUCUCUCUGCACCAUUUCUCUUUUUGCUGUAUCUCUUAUUUUAGAUCCUGCUGCUGCACUUGGUCCACAAGCAAAACUACCAUUGUAUUCAUGGACUACAACUAUCAUUUGCAAUUAUUUCCAGAGCAGAUAACUAACUCUGGUUGCCAUCUCUAGCUGUCCUACCAGAACCACAAAACUCAAUUGAAUCUGCAUGAGAUAUUCAAAUGCUCUGUGUAUUAAUUAUUCUUCAUGAUACAUCUAUACAAUCUUUGUGGUUUUCCACAAUCCAUUGUACUAUCUGUAUGCCAUUUAUAAUAGAAUCAUCAUCAAUUCAUUGCUGUAAAAUAAGUAAUGUCCUCUUUUCUCAGUCUGUUGCCUUGGAAAUUUCUGAAAAUACUUUAAAAAUCUUCCAAUGAACUCCAUCUGACUUUCCUGGGAAUUUUGCAUGACAACGGCAUGCAUGAACUGUCCCGUAAGGGUUAAUUUGUUUUGCUAACUAUUUAUUGGUCUAUUCCUUGCCCAAAAGAGUAAAAGUAAUAACUAUUUUUAAAAAACAGUAGAAAUGUCUAUAACAGCAUAACAGCAUAAACUUGACUUAGAACAGUGCUGAAAUACUGAUGCCUUGCAGGCUUCUUAUUUUUUUUUUUUUUUUUAGUUAUUUGAGUGCAAAUCAGAUAGUAAGUAUAUCUUUGUAUUUUAUGAUAAUACAAUUCUGUAAUUUUUAUUGCAUGAAAACACCACCAUAUUAUACAAGAAAAUUUAAGUUCUGGCAAUAUAUUUGUGUUUUUGCAAGUACUGCAGAGAAGCCAUUGCAUUUGUGGAGUAAUAAAUGUGUAUUUUUAAGAUAUCUGGAAAUUUGCAAUCAUUUCUAGAUUUAUUGUUCAAGAAAAAUAAAUCGAGUAUUGUAAGGAGGGC